AUGCAGGAUUCACCCAGCUCUCUGGUGAUGGAUGGAUACUCCAGCAAUGUGCCAGCCUUCCUAACCAAACUCUGGACGCUGGUGGAAGAUCCUGAAACAAACCAUCUCAUCUGCUGGAGUAGUAAUGGCACCAGCUUCCAUGUGUUCGACCAAGGACGCUUUGCCAAAGAGGUGUUGCCCAAGUAUUUCAAACACAACAACAUGGCCAGUUUCGUCCGGCAGCUGAACAUGUACGGCUUCAGGAAGGUGGUGAACAUUGAGCAGGGUGGUCUUGUCAAGCCUGAGCGGGAUGACACGGAGUUCCAGCACCUCUGCUUCUGCAGGGGCCAUGAGCACCUCCUGGAGCACAUCAAGAGGAAAGGUGAGGGGGUGUCAGUAGUGAAAAGUGAAGAGACCAAGAUGCGCCAGGAGGACCUCAGCAGGUUGCUAUACGAGGUACAGAUACUGAGAAGUCAGCAGGAGAACAUGGAGUGUCAAGUGCAGGACAUGAAGCAGCAAAAUGAAGUUCUUUGGCGGGAAGUUGUUUCCCUCCGGCAGAACCACCACACAGCAACAGAAGUGAUCAACAAGCUGAUUCAGUUUCUGUUUGGCCAGCUCCAAUCAAGCCCUAGCAGCUCUGGGAUAAAGAGGAAGCUCCCUCUGAUGCUUGACAAUGGGAUCUCAGCUCCGCAAGUGUCCAAGUUCAGCCGGAAUUUGUCUACAGAUCCCCUCCAUGACCCCUAUUUCAUACAGUCGCCAUCAACAGAACAUGCCUCUUGUUUAAACAGUCCUGCAAUUGCUGGAGGACCCAUCAUAUCUGAUGUUACUGAAGCAUCACCACCCAAUAUAAUAAAUAUUCAAUCCUCUCCUGAAAAUGACAGAGAAAAGUGCCUCAUGCUGAUCAAGGAAGAGCCUGUCAGCCCUGGAGUGAAAGCCACCGCUGAGCCUGAUGUCCCCCUGCCAGGCUGCCGGGCUUGCUCUGAGCCUCCCGUGCUCCCAGUUGCCAUGGUCCAGUCUGUUUUGGAAGGGAAAGGGAGCUGCGGUGCAGCGCCACUGGGGACCUCGCAACCCUCUGAGAGAAGAGGCAGAAGGGCACUGCUGGACAGAACAGAUAUUUCAGACCCAUUGGAAGGCACUGACUGGAGCUUGGAAGGGCUGCAGCUGCUGCUGAGGAGCCAACAAUAUGGCCUAGAGCCUGCCAGCCUCUUGGAUGUUUUUAAUCCCAAUUUACCUUUGAGCGAGUGGAAUUUGACUGAAAUGGAAGCCAGUCUGUCUCCGAUGCAGCGACUCACGGUGGAUCUGGAGAAGAAUGCAACUGAGCUGCCCUCAAAAGUGUUCAACCCACCAUUCAACAACGCCUGCCCAGGGAAAGAUGUCAUUCUUGAAAACACUCAGCAGACCCUCGUUGAUCGUCAGUCGAUCUUUGGAAACGACCUCAUCAGCUUGCCUGAAAGUUCAUCACUUUACGUUCCAUCUGAAAACAUGGCUUCCUACCUGUCCUCUGUGGGUGUCCAAGGGGAUAUCCCAUUAAACCUGAGCUCUUCAACUGACAACAACCAGUGAUUCAUCUUCCAAGAAACAUCCUCUCCCUCCCACCCAUCCAAGCAUCCACAGGUUUGAAUGUAAAGAAACAAAAGUGACUCAGGAACUGACAAGCAAGUUUCUUUUUGGGCCCUUUCUUUUUGAGUAGAUAGAAAUGGUCAGUAGCUGUUCCAUUACCCUCCCUGCCCCUGGAUUUCAAUGUUUGCCCAGGAUAACAGUUUUAAGACAGAACGCUGCUUCUGGUGGUCGCUGGUAUGGAAAUGAGAACUCAACAGGACUUUUCUCUCUGAAAAUGGUUUUAGAAAUUUCACAUCUCCUAAUAAAACUUAAGUGCAGAGUAGCUUGAAAGUACAUUAUGGGCUUGAUAAAACAAAGCGAUCCUGACUAGUGUCCGCAAAGGCAAACUGUUGGAUUUUCUUGGGGCAGCACAGAUUAGCUAAGGUGCAUGACACUUCUUGAUGCCGUUUUUGUUUUUAAAUAGGAAAAUAGUUCUAUAUGCCAGUCCAAUGCUCUAAAAAUAUUCUUUUAUCCUUUUUCUAGUUUUGGUGGGAUGUACUUCUGCCUCUCCUUUAUCCUCUUAGGGUGAAUAGGAACAUGAAGAUCUCUCAGGAUGUGCAGAACAUCAUUUUCUGAGUGACCACUCUAAGAAUGUGUCUCUGGCUCCUAGGGGAGGUACAGACAUCACAGACCACAAAACAUCUCGUGCUGAGUUGAGACUGUUCAUUGUCUGAGCUUUUUUUCCCCCCAGAUUUAUUUCCUCUAGCAUAAAGGCAGGGCAGCCCAUACUCAGGGGGUGGGAGAAAGGGAUAGACUUUUCUGCACACACAGUUUUCUGUGUGCAAAGAGGACCGAGGGAGUGCACUCCAGGUUUUGGUGCUGCCUAAGUAUUCCUUGUCCAGUCCAAUGAUUUUUUUUCUUGGCCUUGAACUGUUUUAUUUUCUCUGAAGAUGUGCCUGUUAGUUUAUUGAUGUAUACAAUCUGAUGAGCCAGUUUAAUUAUUCGAUCCCCUUUUUAGAAGGGCUCUCGGCUGCUCUGUGUAGGAGAGAGGCAGAAGGAUUAGCCCAACAUAUCCCGCUAACUUUUCUUCUGUCUUUUGUGCAUCUGAGACCAGUCCCCAAAGGUUGAAUGAAUCUUCCUCUUCCAUGUGGUUUCUGACAACUGAGUUUCUCAACAAAGCAGAGCUUUGUUUUUUAUGCUGUAGUUCUAGUGAGAACGUAUUAUUUAUCUCAGUAUCCUCUAACUGAGUUGCUUUUCCUUAGGAAAGCUGCCCAAAUGCAGUGAGGCAGACCCAGGAAAUCCGACUAACUCAGGCCUCCUAAGGGCUUAGACAGGGAGGUAUAAGCUGUGCCAGUAUCAUUCAAAGAAAUGCUCUGCCCACUUCCAUUACCAUGAUGAUUCUUAGUUCUAAACCAUAUUGCUGAGCAUCUUGAAUGGUCAAGCAGCAUCCACUCCAAAAUGUAGUCCAUCAAUCAGUUGAAUGCAGACUCAAAUUCUCCUUAAUAAGCUGAGCAUGUUUUAAAUGGGCCUUCCUGUCACAGCCUUUUCCUCCAUCCAUUUCUCAGUUCAUGAUCAGGUUUAUUAGUUCAGAAACAUUCACUUCUGAGCAUGUUUUCCCCCAGCUAAUUACUGUGUGCUGGGAGCUCUGUCACCACCUCGGUGGUACAGUCUUUGCAGAACUGAGGUUGUGAAAGCUUCUCAAUCAAUUCCAGUCACUGUUUUCAUGUUCAGGACUAAGGGAAAAUUCUGGCAGCCCCCACUGGCCUGGUAUUUAGAUGAUGUGCUUGAGUGUGUCAUGGAUAAGGUUUUCCUUUUUGACAGGUUUGUGCUUAGAAAGUUCACUUAGACCAGCCCAUUUGCCACUGUAUUUUGUCAUUUCCAGUGAUGGAAAGUUGCUGAGUUGUGCUCUGUUUAUUUCUUUUCUCAUAGGUAAUUAAAAACUGUCUGGUGUCUCAGAUCACUCGACAGAAUAUGUUAUCCCUGUUCAAGAUUUACAUCCUUCUCUGAAACUUCACACACUAGGUUGCCUUGACAUUAACACUGAAUGUAUAGGUCCAGUACAGUAUUUAAGCAUAUGCUUAACUUCAAGCUCCUGAGUAGUUUUUCCAUAUUUUUAUGAAGCCUAUCACAUACCUGAGGUUGGACAUACACUUCAGUGUCCUACUGCAUUGUCUAGUUGAGGUUGAAAAAUGAACCGUCUUGGGAGAGCUGCUUGCAAGCAGGCAGAGGUGGAGCUCAGCCAAAGCCGCACCUGACACUGUCUCAGGCUGCUGUGGCUUAUAGAGCAAAGCCACACUUGCUGUGAGCAGCACCUCAGGUGGUUCUCGGGGUUUUCUUUAGGCUUUUUGCCCUACUAUAAACAUGAGAUUGGAGCUUGAUGGUAAGAGGAACCUGCAGCAACAGUAUUGGAUAGCCACUCCUGUGGAGAAGUGAGAUUUUGUUCCUUGGCUUUUUACCUUGUUAAUUUUACUUGAAGGUGAUGUGCUGAGACUGCGUUUUUGCACUAUGCUGUACAUUUGUAAAGUUUUACAGAGAACACUAAUUAAAUAUUAAUUUUUUUUUUCUCAUUUAGUCCUGCUCUGACAUUUCUCUCAAUCCUUUCGCCUACUCCUU